AUGUCUGUAGUGGUGGAUGAGGACUCAUCGACGAGCAACGAAGCUCAAAAACUGCUCACUUCAGGCCAAACGGAGGACAGUCGUCUAGCAGCUGAGGAUGAAAAGCAGGAGACGAGCAGAAAUGAAGAAAAAGUUGAAACACAACCCAACAAACUCAAGAUGGCUGUCCAAUCUCAAGUCAGUGCGACUGAAAAUAAUGUGUUCUCAAAAACGACAACUCAUCCUCAAACCCAGAUACUAUCUCCAGUCUGGGUCUUUGGGAUGAAUCCAGCUGUCCCUGUCUUCAGUCUGCAGGACCACGAUCAGCUGGUUGUCCUCUAUGCUGCAGGUAAUACUGGGAUUAUCUAUAAUCACACCUCUAACUCCCAGCAUAUUCUGCAGGGUCACUCCCACCAAAUCUCAUGUAUGUGUGUCAGUGAAGACAGACGCUGGGUUGCAACAGGAGACACUGGGUCAACAAGCAUGGUGAUAAUAUGGGACUCCUACUCUGGUAUUCCUGUGCGUACAAUGUUUGAUUGCCACCCUGCUGGAGGCGUUUGUGCCAUUGCUUUCUCAAGUGAUGCAAAGCUUCUGGUGACGGUGGGGUGUGAAGAUGUUCAAUGUGUGUGCAUUUGGGACUGGACCAGUGAAGACCUAAAUCCUCUCUGCUGCACGGAACUCGAUCCAAAACACGGUUUUCAAGCUUAUGUCACUUUUAAACCAAAUGAUAGUAGUCAACUCCUCAGCAGGAGUAAGACUUGCGUAUUAUUCUACAAAAGAGACAAUGGAACUCUGCAGUACUAUGCAGUGAAUCUGAAGCAGGUUAACCGUGCUUAUGCUUCUGUAUCACCUAAGACUCCACUUGACUCCCCUAAAGGAGUCUGCGUUGCUGACGUGUCUUUGAGCCUCUCUGCAUUUCACUGCACAAAGCCUCAGGUCUUAACAGCUACUGAUGGCAGCAUUGUAGUGUGGGAUGUCAGUGAAGUUGAAAAUCCCAAAAGUCCCCGUGAAUAUACCAAGACACUAAAGCUCCAGCAAGACCCAAUCACUGUCCUCACCGUGACUGAUGGAUUUAUUGUAAUCAGUAACAUCCAAGGCCAAAUUACUUUUUAUGAUGAAAACUUCUUGCUUCUCAACAUCAUCAGUUACUCCAGCCAGGAUGCCAUUGUUUUCAUUUCAUUUUCCAAAGAGUACACUGAGGGGUAUCUGAGCGAAUACACUCUGAAGGCCGAACGAGUAAUUUUAAGGAACCUUAUCGUGUCCACGGAGAGUUCCAAAAUCCUGCAUGUGAACGCACAGACCGACACCUUUCAGAUCGUCCUGCGUGAGCCUUCUCAUGCAGUGGCAUGUCAUCCCAGUCAGCCAGUGGUAGCCAUGGGCAGCCAAGGGGGCAUUUUAAAAAUGUGGGACUAUAACAAGAAAUUGACCAUUGCCAGGAAAAACUUAAAGAUCAAAAUGCAGAUCCAGUGUGUUACUUUUGACCCAAAAGGCUUCUACCUGGCAGUAGGUUUCAGAAGUGGAGCUGUUCACAUACUGAAUUCCCAGACUUUGCAACAAGAUCCAGAGGAAUGUUUCCAUUGUGCCACAGACAGCAUCCAUCUCAUCACCUUCUCAUCAGACUCUGAGUACCUGGCCACUGCGGAUGCUGGUAUGGUAGUGACAGUCUACUGCCUAAAGAGAAGCAAUGGAUCGCCUCCUCAAUGGACAUAUUUGGGCAGAAAUGGCUCUCACUACAAACCUAUCAAAGACCUUCUUUUUGGAGUUCAUUUGGACAGCGCCCAACCAAGACUGCUCUCUCUGGGACUCGACCGCAGACUGGUUGAGUAUGACCUAAAAAACAGCAUGGUGAACAAGCUUCUCAUCCUAAGCUCAGAGCGUAUUGAGCAAAGCGCUGUGCCACUGUGCAUGACGUGGUAUCCUCCUCUUACCACAGAGCAAUUUCUCCUCAUUGCCUCGGACCAAUACAAGCUGAAGCUUUUCAACAGCACAAGUAAAAUGUGCAGAAAGACUCUUCGCGGCCCAAUAUAUGGUUCUCCCAUUAAGCAAAUGGUCGUUCUUCCCAAGUCGAGAGACCCUGAAAUAAACUCAUAUAUCUUGGCCUACAUCACAGAGGAUAAGGUGGGUCUCCAGAUUUUACCUUUGGAUGGGAACCCCCACAAGUCCAACGCGUUGAUCUGCCAUCCAACAGGGGUGUCCACACUCACCUGCUCCUACGACGGACGGUUUGUUUUCACUGCAGGAAGAUCUGACUGCUGUGCCCAGUCAUGGGAAAUUAACUUGAAUGUGUUGGAGGCAGAAGCUGCACUGGGUGGGCAGGGCAUGACACCAUUUUACACUCUCUUAGACGGAGGAAGAGAUGGCAAGUUUUACAAGGCGAUUAAAGACAAUUUUAUCUACUGCCAAUUGCGUCAUCAAGAAUCUAAAACAAAGAAGAACAUAUCCACCAAAAUUCCCCUAUCUGAGAUUUCCUAUCUAAUGAGAGCUGUGGUGGGCCACUGUCCCUCUGAGCAAGAGACUGAAAACAUGCUAAAUGAAGUCAAGUUCAGCAAAUAUGCUGAAACAGGAAAAUAUGUGACUGAAAUCAAUCUGGAGGAGUUUACCAAGCUGCAUAUAAACCAUCGUCCAGCUUUUGACAUCUCCAGCAAAGCUGUUCACGACCUUGGUAGAAGUGAUGGUACAGGACGGCCCAUUCUACUGAAACAGGACCUGAUGGAACUUCUACAGACUCGAGGGGAAUGCAUGACCGAGGAGGAGGUGGAAGCGUGUGUUGCUAAACUUUUAGGCCCCAUUGAAAAUGAAAAUGGGGCAUUUGGUAAGUCAUCAGAAUAUUUGCUGAGUGUAAUCCCAGAUGAAAUAUCUGUGGAGACAUUUAGAGAUCUCCUGGGCCAUCCAAACCCAGCAGAGCAGACGAGUGCCCGGUCCUCCCUUCCAGAGUAA